CGAUUCAUACCCGAUAAGGCAUAGUUCUCAUACAUAAGCAUCAGGUGCAAAUAUAUGAGAGUACGUGUAAUGAGAUAGGCGUUUGCUUCACACCAAAAAUUAUCUCUCAGCGACACGCCUGACUAUCAGAUUAGAUAAGACAACUUUUUUUACAUCCGAGCACAAUGAGGUGAACUAGGUGUGUGUGAAUCGCUGCCAGUAUUUGUCAGGUAAUCCACCCAGUCGGUUCUGUUGUGCGAGAAAUUUAACGUCUCUUUGAUGUGAUACAUGUGCAAUUGGCAAAAACACCGGCAACAUGUCUUUGGGAGUGAAAAUCAGUGGCAUUUCUUUGAAGAUUUUCAAAUUGAUACUUGUCAUAAUAAUAUUGAUAAUCUACCGAACGGGUUACGGCAACGGAGAAUUUCUGGGCGUUGGUGGCGUUUGGAACCACAAUGAGGCGAAAGGUGCCGAUGCUGAGAUCGUGGCAUCCGGCACAUUCAUCGGCUUCACCGUGUACACGUUGAUCGUGUUGUUUGCUCAGUGCUUCGACCAAUCCAAGGGCAAAUCAUACCGCAUAGAGAUCGUAAUGAACAUUCUCGGUUUCUUUAUGUGGGGUGCCGUUGGUUGCAUUGCCCUGAUAUAUUGGGGCGGCUAUAUGAAUGAGCACAAGUACACUCAGGUUCUCAAUGAAAAGCAGGUCGGUAUAGCACUUGGUACCCUGUGCAUCAUCGAAAGCGCUCUGUAUGGAUGCGACACACUCAUCGCCUACCGAGAGUUAAUAAACUCACACUAAAUUAUAUUUAUAAAUAUAUUGUGUAAUCUCUCCCAAAUUUAUUUUAGACUGUAACUUGUGUAUGUUAAUAACUUUGUAUAUAUUUUUCUAUUAAAAAUAAAAAGUAAGCUUCA